AAUAGGUAGUUUAUUAAAAAAUAUGCGGCCCUCCUUCGCUUGUCUAUGGAAUUUUAUUUGAAGUCGGAAAAAUGGCUGCUGUUAAUCUUGCUCGUACUGUUUUUAAUGGAUUACUACGAAAAUCCACCACAUAUAAAGCACCGGUCGUUUGCCGACUCUCUUCUGUCGCUCUAAAACAAAAAUAUAGUACAAUAAAGUGCUCCGUUCAGAUAUAUAAUUCAAACCACUUUAAAACUGGGGUGCAAUGUCAGCGAAUACAACAGUACUCUGGUGCCCAGUCUAAACUCUCUCCGCAGCAAAUUGAGGAACGAGUGUUGAAAGUGUGCAGGGCAUACGACAAACUGAGUACUAUUCAGUUGUCUGUAGAUUCCCAUUUCAUGACUGAUCUUGGUCUUGAUUCUCUUGACCAUGUGGAAGUCAUUAUGGCUAUGGAGGAUGAAUUCGGUUUUGAAAUUCCUGAUGCAGAUGCAGAGAGACUGGUUAGACCAAAGGACAUAAUCCAAUAUAUUGCUGAUAAGGAGGAUGUUUUUGAAUAAAUGCAAAAUCAUUGCUGUUUGUCUCAAGAGUUUAGACCAAUUAUUAAUGGUUUCAUCACAUAACAAAUACUAUAAGGUCAUAAACAAAAAUUUAAGUGUUAUUUAUUAAAAAAAAAAAGUUGGUCUAAGACAUUUUGGGAUACAGCUUAGUGUCUAGUUCUGAUUUAUUUUACAUAUUAUUCAAAUAAGAAUGAACUGUGUAAAACUGAUAGUGAAUCAUCUGUGGAGAUGUAUAAAGUGUAAAUUGUUUUUAUUGAUUACAAGCCUGUUAGAGUAGA